AAGAGGGGAAAGAUUUUGUUGACAUUAAAGUCACACAAAAUAUUAGUUCAUCUAUCUCCCUAUAGAUCAUGAGCAUGAAACUCCUUGCAUUGAAGCGUAUACUGCUAGCUGUACACUGUACUGGUCACGAUGACGUCAUAAGGGAGAUCCCCAUCUACGGUAAAGAACGAGCUUUUUGAGAUUCAGAAUGGACGCUGAAUUCUACGUUAACUGAUAUAUUAUGGCUAACAAUCCUGCGCCAACACCCGAAAGGGCGAUUUAUGGAUUCGUCCUCUAUCUUGGGUCAAUUCUAGGGUUUGGACUUUAUGUGAUAUGGGCUUUUGUUCCAGAUGAGUGGCUUAAUUCUGCUGGGCUGACCUACUGGCCUCAAAAAUACUGGGCUUUAGCUCUUCCCGUCUAUGUGUGUGUCUGCAUCUCGUUCAUCUAUGUCUUCUACGCUGCGCACAGUCUACUCAUAACGCCACCUCCCGAUUCUAUGAAAACACUGACCGAUAAACAUGCAAGAGGCCCACCAGAGAUCGACCCACCUCCGGAUGCGAUUCCACCGAUUUAUGAUAUUCACAUCAGUGAUGUUAAUAGGCAUUUAUAUCUGAACAAGGACCAGGGUAGAUGACAGAGGCAUGUCAGUGGAUGGGAUUAUUCUUAUCCCGUUACUUCUAGACUUGAUUCCACCAAAUUAUAAUACUCACAUCAGUGAAGUUUAUAGGAAUUUAUAUCAGAAUAAGGACCAGGAAAGAUGACAGAGGAUAGAGGAAUGGUAGAUGGAAUUCAUUAGCAUCCAGUCAGCUAUAACUCCUGUGCCCCGUCGUACAAAGAGUUGAUAUCAAUCACAACUAUGUACAUAAGAGAUAGGAGACUGCAAGCUUGCGAUUGAUUUGGAUCAA